UCAAGUUGAUACUGACCGGAAAUUCGACACAUCUAGCUCCAUGGCACGCAAAACUUGGCUUUCAAAGAGAAUUACCAGUAGCUACAAUGCAUAGCUUGACUCGUGAUGGGGGCAUAGUGGCCGCCAUGGAUUUACUUGUUGUAAAGGUUUAUCCUAUCGCAUACUUCGAGUUUAUUCACACCGAUAAGGGACGAAUAAAUAACGGCCCUCUGAACGAGAAGGAAGAAAUGACGCUUCGCGAUGAAUGGCAGCGAAGGAGAGAAUUCGAGGAAUCGAAGCUACGCCAAGACUUCGACAAGAAUACGCGGCGAUAUCACGGUUACGCAGAUAGGCUAGAGCGCAAAGCAGGCAGUCAUUUCCGACCGGGAGAAGACGGACCACCAGAUCAUAUCGAUGACUUGUACGAUAAACUUGAAGAACCCGAAGAGGCCGGAAAGGUCAUCUCGGCGAUAUCACCUGCAGACGCGGGCUGGCUAGCCCGGCGCAUCCGGCAACAGCUUGAGAAAAACCAGGAGAACCUUAUGGAUGAGAUCGGAAAAGAACUAGCGGACAUUUGUCCUACUAGGGAUGUCCGUAGUUUCAGGGUCAUUGUCGUAAAAGAUGCACGAACGCAGCGGCGACCUGGAAAUCGCAGGCCUGCUGGCUCCUUCGAGCUUGGCGAGCGCUGCCUUGUUACACACCUGCAGCCUACCCAGGUUUCAGCUUGGAUGGACUGUGCUCCGGGAGCCGAGAUAUACAUGUGCACAACGCGCAACACCCGUUGGAGGAAGCUGCGAAGUUAAUUUUACACCUUUCAUAUGCUAACAUUCUGACAUCAUCUGCUUCAUGCUCCAUUUUAUUUCACUGCGGGCCGUAUACUAAUACUUACGGAGGAAUAACUUAACUGUUUAACUUUGCCUAACCGCGGUGACUGAUGGGACCUUGAGAAGAUAUCAUAUGCAGAAUAAGGAUACACUAAUAUGAAUGCUGUAUAGAUGUAUCACACUGCCAACCCAUACGUUCUAAAGGCCUUGUGGUAGUCGCCAAUGUCAUCCUGUCCCAUACAGACAAUGGUCGGUUUUGCCCCGGACUGGAGCCCGAAUAUCGUCGAGGCCACGCGACGAACUUCUUGGGGUGUUAUAAGAUCUAUUUUCUUCACCAUUUCCGAUACCGGGACUUUUCGACCCUGAACCAGUAUCUGAGGUUAAGAUUUGA